CACCAGCCUUUAUGCUGACACAUUUCGGCACUGCUGCUCCUCUCUUUUUAUCCCUGCGGCUCAUGUUUCCAGUGGCUAUUUUUCUACACAAACCAUCUUCUCUGCCUUCCUGCUACGCUGGGCUGCAUUACCUCUCCGACACGGCCAGGCAGUAUUCCCAGCUGAGAUUCCUUCCCUGUCUAUGCGCCCGCUCAAGGCUUGGGUGUGUCUGUUAUCCUAUCUCGCUUUUCUAGAAGCGUGUGCCUCUUUAUUUUCCUCCGCUGGUUCCAGAAUAAACUCAUGGUUGUUCCCUACCCGCUGUACCAUGUGGUCUCCUUCGGCAGCCCCGCAGCCUCUCCUCCGCCCUGGGAAGAGGCUCCCCGGUUCCUGUGAGCGCCUAGAUUUUCUCUGAACAGCUCCUGAUGCACCCAGCUGGGCACUAAGCAGAGAGGCCUGCAGCGUUGCCUGUUGCAGCCGAUGUCUGUCGCCCGAGGAUCCCAGCUUCUCCAUUCACACGUGGCCUGAUAACCACCGCCAAGGACCAGCCGAGCCCUCCAGAAGGCUCGCUGACCGACGCCAGUACCACUGCCUCUUUUCGUCCGCCAGGUCCUGGGGAACACAAUGUCAAAACCGCCUGUCCGCUCCCAGACUGUCUACUCUCUGUUAUAAGAUUCCAAGGAGCUCCAUCAGCCCCGAUAACUCCGCGAUUCGUAACCACCGUAUAUGCCUGUAAACCGAAGGCCUCGCGGCCCUCCCAUGCCUGUAAUGGCAAGAGGGCCCUUUUAAGCUCUCUUGUCCAAACCGUGACACCAGCUGUGGAAGUCUGGGAAACAGUUGAUUUGAGUGCUUGUCUCCUGUUGCCGAAGACCUCUAGGAAACCUGUCUCCGGUGACAAGGGGACCUCUAGGAACUCUGGAAUGUUUGGUGCUAGCCAAAGAAAUCCUCUUGGUUUCAGAGCCCUCCUUCUAUGACUGCAGUCCGAGAACAACUUGAGGACCCCAUAGCUCUGUCCAGGCAACACCACCUCGGGGGUUUCGCUCCCAAAGCACGACGGAACACUAGCCAAAGAACGCUGGGUUUUGGUAGGUGUGACCUUUUUGUAUGCCUACAGCCGGAGAGCUCUUGGAGUGCUGGUGUGCUUGUAGUCAGAAAGCCGUGGAACGACUGUAGUGUUCUGGCAUCUCUACCGGCAGAAACAGCAAGACCUCCACGCUUCCAUAAUUAAAAGACGACCCCCAGGGUCGCCUGCAGGUAAACCAAAGGCUUUGGGGACGCCUGCAGCACAAGGAGUGCUAACUUUUGAUACAGGUGUUGCUCUACUGCAUGCUUCAUAAACCACUAAACCUUGGCCUUUUCCUGCAGCCAGCUCUUCUCUGUCCCGGCAAACGGAGAAGCCUCGUGAAUCUCUGGCCAGGAAGCCUCCGCCUGCCGGUGGCUCCUUUACAUGUCUGCAACCAAAAAAAGCCAGGCCUUGCCAACGCUGUGGCUGUAGCCCUGAAGGCAUAGCUCAGAAGGCCCACGAGAAGCAGGAAGGGCUUCCCCGAUGCCUGGCUGCGAGGAAGGAGGCGUGAAGGGCUGAGGUCUCUCUGUGUGGGGCAGCGCCAUGUAGAGGCGCCCCGGAGGGGGAGCAGAGAUGCGCGCAGGGACUCGUGGGUAACUGGAGCCCGACAGGCCGGGGAGAUACGUUACAUGAAUGUCCAACGGAGGCAGGUUCGAGUUUGACGAUGGCGGCUGCUAUGUGGGAGACUGGGAGGAGGGCCGGGCGCACGGCUACGGCGUAUGCACGGGCCCCGGGGCCCAGGGGGAGUACAGCGGGCGCUGGAGCCGUGGCUUCGAAUCCCUGGGCGUCUACACCUGGCCCAGCGGGAACACCUACCAAGGCCACUGGAGCCAAGGGAAGCGGAGCGGGCUGGGCGUGGAGCGCAAGAGCAAGUGGAGCUACAAAGGGGAGUGGAGUCAUGGGCUGAAGGGGCGCUCCGGCGUCUGGGAGAGCCACUCGGGAGUCAUCUAUGAAGGCAUGUGGCGCGAGGGCCUGCAGGAUGGCUACGGCAUGGAGACGUACGCGGACGGAGGGACCUACCAGGGCCAGUGGCAGUCUGGCAAGCGGCACGGCUACGGCGUUCGCCAGAGCGUCCCUUACCGCCAAGCCGCCCUGGUGCGCUCACCGCGCCGCACCUCUCUGGAGUCGCUCCACAGCGAGACCGACCCCAAUGCCCCUGCUCCGCCCCUCCCGCCCCCUCCUCUGCCCCCUCCACCGCUCCCCGGGGACAGCCCGGCCUCGGGGUCCAGGGGCGGCUUUGUCUUGGCCUUCCCCGGCGAUCCGGACUUCCCCAAGGGUGCCAAGAAGAAAUCGGGGGGCUUCUUCCGGCGCUCCCUGCUCCUGAGCGGGCUGCGGGUGCGCAGGGCCGAGUCGAAGGCCUCCUUGGGGAGCAAGCGAGGGUCCCUCAAGAGCGAGGCCGGGGUCAGCUCGGCCGGGAGCGAGGCCACCACGCUCAGCUACGCUGAGACGGAGCCCCCGGAGCUGCCAUCGACGCUGACCAUCGAGGGCUCUUCCACCGAGGUCUACGCCGGAGAGUGGCGGGUGGACCGCCGCAGCGGCUACGGGGUCAGCCGCCGCUCCAACGGGCUGCGGUACGAGGGCGAGUGGCUGGGUAACCGCAGGCAUGGCUACGGCCGCACAACCUACCCCGACGGCUCCAAGGAAGAGGGCAAGUACAAGCUCAACCGCCUGGUGAGCGGGAAGGUGAAGAACCUCAUCCCACUUCGCCGGAGCAAGGUCAAGGAGAAGGUGGACCGGGCUGUGGAAGUAGCCAGGAGGGCUGUCAGCAUGGCCCGGCAGAAGCAGGAAGUGGCCAUUGCCAGAGCCUCUGACGCUCGUCUGAAGGCUGCCACCGCUCUUGGUGCAGCCGAGAAGGCCCUGGAAGCAGCCCGCCUGGCCAAAAUUUUGGCUCAAGAACUGCAGCCCAUCUUAGCCGAGCCAGAGCCUCGCGGCCGGCUAGAUUCGGAAGGCACCGACACGGACUUCCAGGAGUACGACAGCCCCCGGGUCUACGAGAACGGCAUCACCCCCUCAGACGUCACCCCGGACCCGAGCUUGCCCCCCAGCUACCCUCCGACGCCGCUGCAGCCCUGGCGGGGGGACCCUCGGCGGACUUGGCCCCCCCUGGAGAACGGAGGUCCCCGCCAGCACCUCCCCCCGGAGGCCUCCGACCCCGAGGACGAGUGGGGCUGCCGGGGCAGCUUCCCUUCCCGGACACCGGGGUUCGUCCCCGAGGGGCUGUGGGAGGGGGAGCAGGAACAGCUCAGCAGCUACGAGGCGGAGGAGGAAGAUUACGAGGGGGCGCCCCCACGGCGCCCCCAGCUGGGCAGCCCCGCCAGUGGCAGUUCCGGCAGUCUCCGGGAGGAAGAGGAGGAGGAGGAGGAAGAGGAGGAGGAGGAAGGAGCAGCGGCUUCCAGGCCUUAUCCUGCGGAGACCCAGGUGGAGCCAACGCCGGCGGGAGGUCCAGAGCUGGCCCCAGAGCUGGAGAAUGAGGAACUGCUUGGGGGUAUGGGGCCCUUCGUGGCGGAGAGAGAGGAGCCCCCUGGAGCUGUGCGAAGAAGGGAGAGGCAGGGAGCCCACCCAUUGGUCGUUGCUGCUGUCCUGUUGAUUGAUGUGAGUCUGGCCUACCUGUUCUCCCUCCUCCUCACUUGAGAUGGGUGGGGGGCAGAGGGGGUGCCUUUGACCCCGUUUCCUCCCCGCCCCCGCAAUGGUUUGUUAACAGACUCCGAUCUUCUCCAUCCUCUGCCUUUCUUCCUGGAAAACCCCCCUGCCGCCUUUCUCUUUUUUCACUCGUCUUUACACCCCCCCCACCCCACCCCUUUGCUGCCUCCUUCCUCCUCCUCCUCGACCUUUCUAGAUUGUUUACAUACGAAGGGCUCUCUUUCUACUGGAGAUUUCACUGUUUUUUCUUGCUCUUUUUCCUGGUCUUUUCACCCCAGCUCCAUAAUCCAUCUUUCUUAACCCACACUUUGAAACUCGGGGUGGGUGGGGGGUCUUUUCACAAUUAUCUUAAAGGGGGACUUGAGACUAAAGGGGGCAAGUUUUGAGCCCUGUGGGGUUUUAAAACAUUUUUGGGGACCACGGACUGUAAGGGACCCCAGUCUGCCUGCCUGCCAUGAAAUUGCACCCCCCUUGUCCCCUAAGGAGUCGAUUCAGAACUCUCCCCCCACCAUCUAAGGAAGAUUUUUUUGGGGGGGGGAGUUGCUACUCAACAAAGCCCUGCCCCCUGCCAAUCCAGUACACAUGAACAUUAAUCCCCCCCUCAAGAGAAGCUCCACACAAGUAUAAAGAAGGGGGCCAAUCUGUUUGCUUAAAGAAAAGGGUGUCAAAUUUUGUAUUUGUUCCCUCCUCACAUUUUUUUUCCUACCAGCAGAUGGCGCUGAGAGAAAAUGGACACCCAUCCCAAAAAUGGGCAUCCUUUUAAACGAGAGUUUGCAAAAUCCUUGCUCCCCUUUUUUCCACAUUCAUAUUCUCACUUUCUAUCUAUCUCUCUCUCUCUCUUUCUGUCUGCCACAUCCUUUCCCUGAGGGAACCGGAACCUUCUUUUCAAACAAAAACUAACAAAAGAAGAAACAAACAAAAAAAAGGAGAACUUUUUAUUUACGCUUUUAUAAACCUUUUUCUCGCAGCGUUUGAAUAAUUAAAAAAAUAAAAACACUAUAAAUUAACGAGAGGGUGAAAGGGAGAUUCCUGUUAGCUUCGGAGAAGGGGUUAGUGUUCGAUUCCCAUAAACGGGAAGUCCCAAUAUGGAAAAGUGGGCAUUUACUAACUAGAAAAUACUAGGAAUUGCCCUUUUUUCCCUUGCAGCAGAAUUGUGAUAGGCAAAGGUAGGAUGCCCUGCUGUAUAUAUGACAGGUGGGAGAGUAGCACCUUGGGGUGCCCCUCUGCCAUCCCUGCACGGGGCAAGGGUGGCACAAGGCACCUUGGCAAUGGAAAUUCCAGCGUUGGGACAAAAGGGGCGAAAUGAGGAUGUCCCGCCCCGAAGCAGGUUUGGAGAAUGAAGGGCCUGACCAUGAGAAAAGGGGAGAACUUGCCUUCUAGAGGGUAUAAGAGUUGACCCCUAUGGGGGCAAAAAAAUAUAUAUAUGAGAAGUUGUGUGCCUUUGGAAAGAAGUGCAAUAGGAGAGACCCUGCAAUAAAGGGGCUGAAAAGAGGAAGUCCCGCCUUUUUCAGGGCGCUCGAGAGUGCAAUACAGGAAGUCCUGCCUUACUGAUGGCAAGGAGAGGCAAUUUAAGGGCAAAAGAAAAUAAAAAAUAAAUAAUAAAGAGGGCUUUAAAGGGAGUCAGGUGGGGAGGCUCGGUGCCACACACCCCUCCCCGGCUGCAUCCCUUCAUGUUCUGGGUGACUGGGAACCAGAGAGGAGAAUCGGUAGAUACAGGAUGAUGACGGAGGUCCUCUUAAGUGUAUUUUUGGGGUUGUCCUCCACAAGGAAUCUCCCGCUCAGCCCCUCCCUGGAUUCUGCAUGAGGAAGCGACUGAUCCUUUGCUGCGUGCUGUGUAUACUGAGAAUGUCUGUAUAGCCGA